AUUUCUGCUCUUGUAAAAGCCUGGGUUUUCUGCAUGUUAACACUAGAAGCUUAUUACCUCAAAUGUAUCAAUUGAAAGUGUGGGUUUACAGCUCCUAUCCAGCCAGAUGUAUGGUACUUACUGAGACAUGGUUAAGAAAGAGUGUUUUGAACACUGAUGUUAACCUUUCUGGUUACAAACUUUUUCAGCAAGACAGAUCUUCCAAAGGUGGUGGAGUGGCAAUCUUUACCAAGGAACACCUUCAGUGCUCGGUUGUCUCCACCAAGUCUGUCCCCAAACAAUUUCAUUUGCUGGUUUUAAGCAUUAAGUAAAUAGCUCUUUGUUGACUGUUGCUGGGUGUUAUCGUCCACCAUCAGCACCGGCCUGUACCCUACCUGCCCUAAGCUCUCUCCUGGCCCAUUACACUAAGUCAGAUGUUUCCUGCUAGGUGACCUAAACUGGGACAUGCUUAAACUACCUGUGUUAAAACAAUGGGACUCCCUAAUGUCACGCUCGUUCAAUGACGGGACGGACCAAGGCGCAGCGUGAUAUGCAUACAUGUUUAUUUAAACUUAAUAAACACUCGACAAAACAAUAAACGAAACGAAACGUGAAGUCCAAGGUAGACACAAACAACAUACCUAUUACGGAACAAGAUCCCACAACCCACUAGUGCCAAAAGGCUGCCUAAGUAUGGUCCCCAAUCAGAGACAACGAGCUAUAGCUGCCUCUGAUUGGGAACCACACCGGCCAACAUAGAUCUACACAUAAUAGACCUACAACAUAGAAUAUAUACACCCUGACUCAACAAAUAAGAGUCCCCUGAGUCAGGGCGUGACAGUACCCCCCCCCCAAGGUGCGGACUCCGACCGCACAACAUAAAUAUAACAGGGUAGGGGCCGGGUGGGCAUUCCGCCUCGGAGGCGGAUCCGGCUCGUGGCGUGACGACCUUUCACUCUCCGCCUCCCUGUUGCGCCCCUGGUCAGGUCUGGAGCCGCUGACCGGAGCUGGACUGGGCACCGGUGGAGCGGACUGCUCUGGCUCCGGAGUGGAGCCGCUGACCGGAGCAGGACUUGACCCCGGUGGAGCGGACUGCUCUGGCUCCGGAGUGGCACAGCUGACCGGAGCUGGAUCAGGCACCGGUGGAGCGGACUGCUCUGGCUCCGGAGUGGAGCAGCUGACCGGAGCUGGAUCAGGCACCGGUGGAGCGGACUGCUCUGUCUCCGGAGUGGAGCAGCUGACCGGAACUAGAUCAGGCACCGGUGGAGCGGACUGCUCUGUCUCCGGAGUGGAGCAGCUGACCGGUGCCGGACCAGGCACCGGUGGAACGGGCACGGGCCAUGCCGGACUGGACAAACGCACCACAGGCUUGGUGCGAGGGGCAGGAACGGACCGGGCCGGACUGGCGACGCACACCACUGGCUUGGUGCGAGGAGCAGGAACAGGCCGGGCCGGCCUGGCGACGCGCACCACUGGCUUGGUGCGAGGAGCAGGAACGGGUCGGGCCGGACUGGCGACACGCACCACUGGCUUGGUGCGAGGAGCAGGAACAGGCCGGGCUGGCGACGCGCACCACUUGCUUGGUGCGAGGAGCAGGACUGGGUUCCUUUAUAAACCCCCGCUCCUUCUGCUGCCUAACCAGCUCCUCUCGCCGUGCCUCUACACCUUCCUUCUGCUCCCUCUGAACCAAUAGCCCCCGUAAUCUGGUGGCCUCCUUUCCUAACCAGCAGAUCCAUCCUAUCGCGGCCUCCUGCUGCCUCGUCGUCCACACCGUGUGCCCCCCCAAAAUAUUUUCUUGGGGUUGCCUCUCCACCCAGAUCCCUUUCAGGGCCUCCAUCUUCCUUGCCAGAUCCUCUCUUAUCUCCUGCCAAGUCCAUCCUCUCUGCUCCUCCUCGGCACACUGCUUGGUCCAGGUCUGGUGGGAUCUUCUGUCACGCUCGUUCAAUGAUGGGACGGACCAAGGCGCAGCGUGAUAUGCAUACAUGUUUAUUUAAACUUAAUAAACACUCGACAAAACAAGAAACGAAACGAAACGUGAAGUCCAAGGUAGACACAAACAACAUACCUAUUACGGAACAAGAUCCCACAACCCACUAGUGCCAAAAGGCUGCCUAAGUAUGGUCCCCAAUCAGAGACAACGAGCUACAGCUGCCUCUGAUUGGGAACCACACCGGCCAACAUAGAUCUACACAUAAUAGACCUACAACAUAGAAUAUAUAUAACAAAGAAUAUACACACCCUGACUCAACAAAUAAGAGUCCCCUGAGUCAGGGUGUGACGCCUAAAUCUAUCUCAGAUUAAUUCCAAUCCCACAAGGUAUGACUCCAAACACCCAGAAAAGUCUACUCUCCUUGAUUUUAUCCUCACAAAUAAUCCUGAUAGGUAUCAGUCUGGUGUUUUCUGUAAUGACCUUAGUGAACACUGUUUUACAGCCUGUGUUCAUAAUGGCUGUUCUGUUAAACAACCUUUCCUGAUUUGUCAUAGACGCUUGCUGAAAAUGUUCAAUGAGCAAGCCUUCCUUCAUGACCUGGCCUGAAUUUGGUAUAGAGUCAACUUGAUCCCCUCUGUCGAAGAUGCUUGGAACUUCUUUUUUAAUAUUUUCAGUGGUAUUGUUAACAAACACGCCCAAUAAAGAAAAAGAGAAUGAAAUACAGGUUCAGCCCCCGGUUCGACCGUGAUCUGGCAGAGUUACUCCACCUCAAGAACACCAUUUGGCAAAAGGCUCGGCACACAAAUACAGACAAAUGAGAAAUAAGUGCACUCAGGCUAUCCGGAAGGCCAAAGUUAGUUACUUUAAGGAGCAGUUCUCUCUCUGUGGGUCUAACCCCAAGAAGUUCUGGAAAAUGGUGAAAGACCUGGAGAAUAAACCCUCCUCCUCACAGCUGCCA